GUUGUUAAUAUGGUGUAGAACAACUCUCGUAAUUCGAAGACAGUUAAAAUCAGAUAUACUAAAGAGAAAGUCCUGUUAAGUGGAAAGGUAUUUCCGUUUCAGAGCACGAAAGGUUUCGAAACGUCGUCGAACCGCUUUGGAGGUUACAAUGUGAUAGCUUUUCACGGCUGCAAAGAGGAUUUGGUUGCAUUGAUGUUUUCCAAAUGGAGAAUACUAAUGCGGGAAUAGUCUUCAGAGAAAUUCACAAAAAUGGUUGGCUCAGGCGCACAGAUAUGGCAGAAAAAGAUUCUAGUCGAUUCUGGGUGGUAUUUUGCGUUCAUGAUGACGUCGAGCCCCGGCUAGAGGGCUAUGUCGAUCAAAAGCAAGCUGCGACUCAUGCUUUUCUGUGGAAUUCAUCUCUGAGAAAUGUACUUCAUCUCUCACCAACUCUUUGCGCAACUGAACACCAAGAUUUUGAAUUUUGUGUCAAUUUCUACGACCACAGAGCACUGCGUAUGGCAGCUCCGACUUACCAGGAUAUGUAUGAUUGGGUACAAACUGUCAGUAGGAAAUUAACAGACAUGAAAAUAUUGAGCCCCAAAGAAAACAUCUACUCAAAGGGACCAGGGGCAGACAGAUUACCCACCAGAGAUCCAACCAGCCCUUUACCUUUGCCACCUCGCCCCCCUCCGUCCUUUAGAGUACAAAUCCAAGCUCCGAUAGUGACUCCAGAUACAAGUUUGAUACGCCCUCAGCCUCAAGUGACUGAGCCAGAAUUUCAACCCCUACUAGCUGCCUCCUCAGUGAAUUUACCAAAUCAGACUGAACCCGCAGCUGUUAUUAAUCAAGUUCAAAGAUCUGAUACUGUACCCAAUUUUUUUACCUUUGACAAUAUUCCCGCAGAGGAUAUCAUGCAUUCUACUCCACCUAGAUCAAUAUCUAGCGCACGUAGUGACAGACGAGAAGAAAAUGUGUUGAGUGUUGAGAAUAGUAAUUCUAGCUAUGAGAGUUUGUUCUUGGCAUCUUCCUAUUCUCCCACGGGAACUGAUAGGUCGAUAGCUAGUAGCAUUCGUCAAGAGGGAGAGAACAGCCAUUAUGCUGCUCUGAGGGAGUAUAGAAGUCAGGCCUCUGUCUCCCAGCCUCGGCCCACAAGAACUCAACGGGCAGUGGAAAGAGAGGAGAACGGAAGGCAGCUCACUUUGAGAGAACACCAGGUACUACAACUCAAAAGAGAAAUGAGCCACCUUGCCGGUGUGAGGUUGCAGCUCAGAAGACGGGAUUGCAAGGACGACGUUGCCUUGGUUGAUACUUUCGGAGCUGUGUGGGUUGCUGGGUGGAAGCAACGUGAACAUCCGAUGCUAUAUAAUGCAUUGCACAUCGGUGAUCAGGUUAUCAGUCUUGCCGGAAUUCCUGUACCCAGUGCAACAGCAGCACGUGAUAUCCUCAAGAGCUGUACAACACCAUACGUAGAAAUGAUUGUGAAGAGGUUGCCACAGGGUCGGACAAUGACUUUAAUGAGAGGUAGCGAUCGUGAAACUGACAAUGAAGGAUUUGGAUUAGAGUUGCAAGGGAAUGAAGUAACAGGCGUUAGUGGAGCAGCAUUAAGUUCUGGUCUUCCGCCAUUAGCUCCAGCAGGUGAUCCGUCCAUGCCACCUGGAACUUUUUCUAGCUGGACUUUGACUGAGGUAAAUGGAAGGCCAUUGAAUCUACUAGGGCAGGGAGGCGGCGCUCGGGAACGUUUGGGAGCUAUCGGACUUGAUAUUUCUGUUGUGGUACAACCAACAGACUUGGUGUCUUCCUUGCGGAAGCGUUUGCGUACCCUUCGUGGGUACAAAAAUUACGUACUAAACUAAGAAAUCGACGGCAAGAUGCAAUCGCAUUAGAGAUAUCUUCCAUGAUUCAAAAGCUAUUGCAGUUUUCAUAACAAAAAGCUAUUAACAUUAUUUUAUUCUAACUGAAUUUUGAUUACAGGAAUAACUAUUUGAUAUUUAUUAUUUUAGGAAUCAUGAAUAGGCUAACAAAACUCAGCCUGAAUGUUGGACAGCUAAUCAGAUGAAUUUUUAGUCUAAAAUUAUAGAUGUCGUAAGCCAUAGCAUUAAGAAUAGAGUCUCUGUGAUAACUCAUAACAUACAUGAUAAGAAUGGGUGAAUACUUAUAUCAGCAACGAAUAAAAAGUAUCGGACAUGUUUUUAGUAAUUACUAA